AUGCCCCAAACCAAAGAAGCGUCUCUCUCUGCAUCUGAAUUUAUGAUGCUGAGACAAGCAAAACUUGUGGGAGUAGGCCUCAUAACACUCCUCCAUGUCCGUUUUCUUUCAUUUUGCGCUGCUACUGAAAAUCAGCCCUGCAGGCCCUCUUCUUGCGGAGAUAUUCAAAACAUCAGCAACCCAUUUCGAUUAAAAGGUGACCCGCUUGGCUGUGGUCAUCCCGAUCCUGCAUACGAAUUGGCUUGUGAAAACAGCCGUACAAUCUUAUAUGGGAAAUACCAUGUUGCGGAGAUCAACUACAGUAACUAUAUCAUCAGAAUUGUAGUUGUUGGGCUAGAGAAGAGCAACUGUUUCUCCCUUCCUCUCUAUUCCUUGACAGUAGAUGAUAUAUAUGUAUAUAGAUAUGAAUAUCCUGAUGAACUGGAUACUGUAGUUUUGAUGAACUGCGCAAGACCAAUCUUUGAUCAAUACUACAUUCCUAUUGUUCCCUGCAACCGCACCGAUGCUACUUUCUCUUCCUCACAACCAUAUGCUUAUGCGCUAGCUGGACGCUACAUGCAUGUGAGAGAUCUUCCAUAUUCGUGCACCAUUGGCUUCACUGUUGUCACUGGCAAUUUCAUGGCUGUGUCAGAGCCCAGCAAUCUUUUAAGAUCAGAUUUGCAAGAAAAGCUGCUUAUGGGGCUCCAGCUUUCAUUUUUGCGCUCUCGCUGCCAUGAAUGCGAAGCAAACGGCAGAUGGUGCAUGCCAAAUUUCAGCAACAACAAUAUACAAUGCCUUGAUGAUGAUGGAAGAAACUGGCUUAAUAAGUUGAAAAAUGUACUGAUGCCAGUGAUCGCGUUUUUUGAACGUGAAUAUGCUUCUGACCAAUCUGGGUAUUCUGGGACCAUUGCAAUUGUCAUAGCAAUCAUUGGAGGACGCUUUCUACUUGGGAUAUCUUGUCUUUUUGGCUAUUUAAUCUACAAGUUUCGACGGAGACAUUUAUCAUUAGAUGAUGACAUUGAAGAGUUUCUUCAAAAUCACAAGAAUCUCCAGCCCAUCAGGUACUCAUAUUCACAUUUAAAGAAAACAACCAACAAUUUUAGGAAUAAGUUAGGCCAAGGAGGCUUUGGCUCUGUGUACAAAGGAAUACUUCAGAGUGGCCGCAUUGUAGCAGUAAAAGUAUUGGUCAUGUCAAAAGCCAAUGGACAAGAUUUUAUCAAUGAGAUCGCCACGAUUGGAAGGAUUCACCAUGUUAAUAUAGUACAACUUGUUGGAUUUUGCGUAGAAGGAUCAAAAUGGGCCCUUAUAUAUGACUUUAUGCCAAAUGGGUCACUUGAUAAGUUUAUCUUCUUUAAAGGAGAAAAACACAUUCCUUUAAGUUGGGACAGAUUGUACAAAAUUGCACUUGGAGUAGGGCGUGGGAUUGAAUACUUACAUCAAGGGUGUGACAUGCAAAUUCUACAUUUUGAUAUCAAGCCACACAAUAUUCUUUUGGAUGAAGACUUUACACCAAAAGUUUCGGAUUUUGGCCUUGCAAAAUUGUAUUCAACAAAUGAAAGUGUUGUAUCUCUCACUGCAGCUCGAGGAACAUUAGGAUACAUUGCUCCAGAGUUGUUUUAUAAAAAUGUUGGACAUGUUUCGUAUAAGGCUGAUGUUUAUAGUUUUGGAAUGUUGUUGAUGGAAAUGGUGGGAAAACAAAGGCAUUUUAAUAGACAUCAAGAGGAAGAUCUAAGUGAAUUAUUCUUCCCAUCAUGGAUUUAUGACCGAAUUGAACAAGGAGAAGAUAUGGAAAUGGGAGAUGUCACAGAGGAUGAAAAGAAAUAUAUAUGGAAGAUGGUCAUAGUUGCAUUGUGGUGUGUGCAAAUGAAGCCCAUGGACCGUCCUUCUAUGAGCAAAGCACUCGACAUGUUGGAAGGUGAUGUUGAACUAUUGCAACUACCUCCUAAACCUACCUUAUAUUCUCAUGAAAUAUCAGCUUUGGAUCGGGAGAACAAACCAAUGGGGGUUCCAAUUUCCUCACAUAAUGCAAGUAUUACAAUUAGCUUAGAUGGGAGAUAA